GUGACUCCCGCGGUGUGUAAACACAGAGGACGCGGUUAUUUAUAAACACAUCGUGUCUCGCUGUUUCUGAGUUAACACUGCUAAUUAUUGGCGGAGAAAAGAAGCGGAGGAUGGAAACUGAAAAUACUCGGCCGUAUUUCUUCGGAGACAUCGGCUGCUGGUCAGAGAGAACAGAGGUCCACAGAGCAGCAUCUCUCGGGCAGGUCUCCAGGCUGCAGGACCUCAUCAAGAGCGGAGCUUCAGUCAACAUCGUGGCAGUUGACUCCAUCACACCGCUACAUGAGGCCUGCGUCCGCGGACAGGCCCAGUGUGUCCAGCUGCUGCUGGAAGCUGGAGCCCAGGUGGAUGCGCGGAACGUGGAUGGCAGCACCCCGCUGUGUGAGGCCUGUUCAGCAGGCAGUGUAGAAUGUGUGAAGAUUUUGCUGGAGCAUGGCGCCAAAGCCAACCCUGCCCUCACCUCCCGCACUGCCUCCCCCCUCCACGAGGCCUGCAUGGGAGGGAACUCAGACUGUGUGAAGCUGCUGAUUGAACAGGGUGCUGGGCUGGAGGCGUAUGAUCUUUACUAUGGGACCCCGCUACAUGUGGCGUGUGCUAACAAACACACAGACUGUGUUAAAGUGCUGCUAAAUGCAGGCGCUAAAGUGAACGCUGCCAGGCUGCACGACACUCCGCUGCACCACGCCGCUAAAAGUAUGCAAAUGGACAUGAUCGAGAUACUGGUGGAGUUCGGAGCCAACAUUUACGCCAGAGAUCAACACAACAAAAAACCGGUGGACUACACCACUCCUGACUCUCCGUCUGGAACCUACCUACAAUCUCAUGAAGUCACUCCCAUGAGUCUGCAGCAGCUCAGCAGGCUGGCUGUGAGGAAGAAGCUGGGCACCGGUGCUCUGAAGCUCAUAGGUCAACUGGAUAUACCAAAAAUCCUCAUCAGUUACCUCUGCUAUCAAUGAGCAGGAAGAGCCUCCAGGUGGAGCCGGGUGAGCGCUCACAGAGAGACUGGAAACUCGCUGCGCUGCCGCACAAAAUCCUGCAAAGGUGCCGUUAGGGUUUGAUAAGAGUAGGCAGAUAGUUUAGUUAAAUUCACCUGCUUCUUAAAAUAUUGCACCUUAAGAGUCAAGACAUCUGCCAAAAUGAACAAUGAAAUAGUUUCAACUAGGUUUAAAUAUUACUGUCAUUAAACAGUUAUUAGAACAAGUAAUUUCCAUUUACCAGAACUGGAAUACUUGUGUCAGUAAAUGCAAAGUCCAGUCCAAUGUAUGCCAGGAUCAGACUGUAAGAUAUCAGUCCAAUAGUGCUGAGGUGCAAGCCAAGAGUUCUGCAAGAUGUGCUUAUUUUCAUUUUUUAUGGAGUGUUUUGAAUAGCGUUUCACCACACAU